CUCCCGCACUGUAUUAAAUAUCACCCACCAACCAUCUUACUAUUGCUCGAUUUGUUGUUCUGUAUUCGCAUUUAGUGCCUUCGCGGCCUCGACAAGCUUCGAAAACGCACGAGACAAACCGAGCUCCGCGGCAUGCAGAACUUUGUCUAAAGCCGAGAAGCAUGUUAUUGUAUUUUAGUUUGACGUGUUCUCUUGUAUUAUAGACUAUUUCGACGACGUUUCCAGUGCGCGGCACGAUACACUGUUGGGCUUGGGGCAUGCUGGAGCGUACGGCGGGAUGUCUCGAACUCGGCAGCGUGCGACGAUUCGUGCCCGGAUGUAAGUCGAUGAAGAGUCGCCGGAUGCUGCAUUCUGCGUUCUGGAACCAUGGUGCAAUGGAACUGGAGCUGUCUCCUUUAUGGCAAGUAUUGAUCCAGGGAACUGCACACAACGACAGACCCAUAGAAACGAACGAACACGAUAAUUCUGGAGGAAUGAUGCUCGAUUUUCUCUAUCCAUCUGGUGCCUUGAAUCUCAUCGGACAAUACUCGCCGUGGACACCGGAUAGGACUGACUUCAGGAGGACGAUGGGCCUUGGCAGGAUUGGGCAAAGACACUAUACAUCGGCAGCGGGCGAUGGUUCUGUGACAAUGUCGAGGCGCGCCGAGGAAGUUGGAUGUCAAUAUGAAGUCAAGUCAAUGGAACACCGUGUGGAUUGGGAGGUGCAGCAUUUGAAGAGCGAUGGGACUGGACAAACAUCGGCUUUUCUACGGUCAAUAAGCGAAUCGACGCGCACGAACGAUUAUGAAGAAGCGUGGAGGCAAUUUGGGCAGCUAAACUCCGACAACAAGCUGGCGCUUGCGCCACGGCUUCUCAGUUAUCUCAUCAGCUCAAAUCGACCGAUCGAUGCGGACCGGAUAGUUUCGGUUUUCGAUACCAUCAGAGACCAAGCCGGGCAUAGCAGUUACGAAGCAUUGGUAAAUGCCCAUGUGGUUCUUCGAAACUAUGAGGAUGCCGCCAAUGUGCAUUCGGAAUCUCUAGCUACCUUUCGAAAACCAACGUCGUCGGAUAGGCUACUUGGCCUGCUCAUUCAAUACGGUCGAUGGGACAUGGCAUUUGAUGCUUGGAAGACUGUCAAGGACCUGGGGACUGCAAGCCCCAGAAACGGUCAUGAUAUAUGGGCACGUGUGGUUUAUUUGCCGAAUCUCAACGAGAAAGUGCUGCAGAUGGUGUCAGGCUUAACCAGUCAUUUGUCUGAUACACCUGAUUUGGAUAUCUCUCGGGAAUUGCCAGUUGAUAAAGUUACUUUCAUCACCGAAGCACUGUCAAUAGCUCUUUUUCCACAGGACGACUUCUCGGAAGCAAACUUCCUGUCGGUUUUUUCUCGGCUUGAAAGCCUGGGAUUAGCCACAGAAUCAAUUUACCAAAACACGAUACUCAAGCUUUUGAAGAUGGACCGCACGAAGAUGGUUGUCCGUCUAUACCGGAAAUUCCGACAGACAGGUGGCAUACCCACGACCCGUAUCCUCGACGCUAUCCUGAAGAUUUUCUGUAAAUAUAAGAGCAACAUGGGGAUACAUCAAAUUCUGGAGGAUUGGGUACGACAUUUCGAUAAGCCGUCCUCUCCUGCGUAUAGGAUGGUAAUGACAGCAUUUGCCUCGCAAGGAAAUGUCGAGGCUGUCAAAGGAUUGUGGAAAAAGUACCUCGAGCGGCAAACGUAUGGGCGGAUUCGGAACGCAGACGAUCUUCUACCUUUAAUGCAUGUUCAUGCCAAGCGGGGGGAGGUGGAUGAAGUCGUCAACAUUUUCGAAAGCAUGGAGGCCGAAUAUAAAGUCGUUCCGAACAUCAAACAUUCGAACAUUCUUUUGAACGUUUAUGGGAAAGCUCAUGCUGUUGAUAAGGCUUUCGAGCAUUAUAAUAAGCUACUUGACUCCGAUGUUCACCCCGAUAAGAUCACGAUUGGAACGAUGAUGGGAAUUUGCACACAGCGUGGCGACGCUAUAGCAGCGCGCGAACUCUAUAAUUCUGCUGCAGGCUUGGGAAUCCGUCCGAAUAUCGUCAUGGUUGAUUGCUUGGUCCUCGGAGAUAUCCAGAAUGGUAACAUUAAUAAAGCCGAAGAGACAUGCAUGAAAGCACUGACGAUGGCACUGGAUGGCCCAAAAACAAGAAUGUGGAACUACUUGCUGGUUGCCUACGCCAUGGGGCGUGAUCUUGAGAAUGUUUCUCGGGUACAUCGGAUCAUGGAAUCUUCAAACGUCUCACCCGACACUUACACCUACUCUGCACUGAUGCAGGCUUUGGCUGUUGCAGGCCAGCCGAGUCGCGCUUGGAAGAUCUUGACCGAGGCGAUGCCUGAAGCCGGUAUACAAGCCACCGAGUUUCAUUAUGCGGUUGUUAUGGGUGGUUUUAUUGCUACGAAAGAGCUAGACAUGGUAUUUCACGUCAGAGACCAUAUGCUAAGCCGGCCUGAAGGCCUGAAGCCAGCCGUGUCCUCCAACAUCCAGACCCUGAAGGCCGCCGUCAUGGAUGAUUCACGCCGCAUACAAUCGGGCGAUGCCGACACGGACUUUGCAAAGGCAGAAGAUUAUUUCUUCCAGUUCUUGAUGAAUGCCGACAGGCAAGAACUAGCGAGCAACCCAAGAAAAGGUAUGGGUCAUGAGCCGCUCGAUGUUGCAUACUCGGCGGCAUACUUCGACUUUUAUAUGUUCGUCUGUGGCCAACACAAAGCAUUCGAUCGAGUUAAGCGGCUUUACGACAAUUUUUUGCAGCGGCUACCUGAAGACCGUCGAUCCCAGCCUCCUAUCCGGAUAUUGAACGCUUUGAUGGUAUCUAGGUUAAAGGAGAAUGACCAUGACGGUGUGCAAGAAGCGUGGGAGUUUGCUUUGAUGCGUGCCAAGGAAAGAGGAAAGCCAAUAUCGGGGAACAAUUUGCUUUUAUAUUCACAUCGCCUUUCGCUAUGCCGCCCUCUGUCAACUCUAAUCAAAUCGCUGGCAGCGCAGAACAAGCUCACGCAGCUGAAAGAGACGAUCGCCGAUAUUCGAGCUUUCGGGUUCGAACUGGACUCCAACAACUGGAACCUGUACGUCCAAGCCCUUACCAAGGCAUACAAGUACCAGGAAGCAUUCGGCGUAUGCGAAAAACGUCUCAUGCCGGGGUGGCUUGGAUGGGCAAUGAUUCGCCAAGUAGAGCCACGCCGGAACCGCUUGUCGCUCAAGGACCGCGCCCGAAAAAGAGAUCCAACUUAUCUCCGGCCCAUCUACCAUACAAUUCUUAUGUUAUCGAGGGCCUACCUAGAUAUGGAGGGCUCAUAUUCAGCAGCUGGGCAGGCUUACCAUGUACUGAAAUAUGUAGACCAACAUUGCCCGCUGACCCUAAACGCGAUCCAAACGAUGCGCAGGACCGAGGACGAAUUGGAGAAGAAGAUGCUGGGAACAACACAAGGAUGAUAAUUAUGUAUUUUAUAUAAACUUAUAUGUAUUUAUAGUGUAUCAAUAAACA